CCGGAAGUUGCUUUAUUUUUAUUUUGCACGUGUGUUUGUUUCAUUUUUGAACGCUUGUUAUUUAAAAUGGGGAGGAGAAAUCGGAACAAGAAACAGCAGGAUAUGAAGAGGAAAGACAGAGGAGAUGAUCGAGAUAAAGAUACCAAGCGACAGAGACUUGAUGAUGCUAAGGCCGAUUCUAUUCAAACUCAGGAGCCUUGGGGUUACAAGAUGACAGACAAAAAUAACAAAAUGUUUGAAACAUUCUACAAGAUGCAGAAUAUUAUACCUGAAGAUGAAUGGGAAACUUUUAUGGCGACAAUGAGAGAGCCCCUUCCUAUUACAUUUAGAGCAACUGGGUUUAAGAGUGAGGUGCAGGAACUAUUAAAGAUUAUAAAGAGUGACUUCUUCAGCAAUAUGGUUGAUAUUGAAAUUGAAGGCAAGAAAGUUGACCCUCCAUCUACGUUGCCAUGGUACCCUGAUGGUUGUGGCUGGCAGAUUAAUUUGACAAAACAGAUGGUUCGCAAAUCCCCACCAUUGGAGAAACUGCACAAAUUCCUCAUAUCAGAGACGGAAAGUGGUAACAUCAGUCGCCAGGAGGCUGUCAGUAUGAUUCCUCCUUUGCUGAUGGACAUAAAACCCCACCAUAAGGUAUUGGAUAUGUGUGCUGCGCCUGGGUCCAAGACAGCACAGCUGAUCGAAUAUCUACAUGCAGAUGAAUCGAUUAAACUACCAGAGGGUUUUGUUAUUGCUAACGAUGCUGACAACAAGAGAUGUUAUAUGAUGACACAUCAGGUCAAACGUCUUGCAAGUCCCAACUUUAUGAUCAUAAACCAUGACGCUUCAACAAUGCCAAAUAUAUUCCUUAGUGAUCCAGGUGCAGGGGAGAAGAAAUGUCUAAUGUAUGAUAGAGUCUUAGCAGAUGUACCUUGCAGUGGCGAUGGGACAAUGAGGAAGAACCCUGAUGUGUGGGGAAAGUGGACAGUUGCCAAUGGGCACAAUCUUCAUGGACUGCAAACCAGGAUAUUGAAGAGAGGUCUGGCCCUUCUAGGAGACAAUGGAAGAUUAGUCUAUUCCACAUGCUCUUUGAAUCCUAUAGAAGAUGAAGCUGUGGUAGCAUCUACAUUGUUACAAUGGCGAAAUAUGAGUGCUAAUAAGAAUUGUGAAAUUCGACUAGUUGACAUUUCCAAGGAGCUGCCUGGUCUGAAGCACAACAAAGGAGUGAGUCAUUGGAAGAUAAUGUCUAAGACUUCUGAUGUCUAUGAGAAUAUGUCUGAGGUGCCUGAAGCCCUGCAUACACAGAUCAGGCCAUCCAUGUUCCCGCCCACACCUGAACAGGCAGAGUCCCUGAACCUGGAUAGAUGUAUAAGGAUUCUGCCUCACCUUCAAAACACUGGAGGUUUCUUUGUAGCUGUCAUUGAAAAGGUACCAAGAAUACAACAGGAGGAUCAACAGAAAGCAGACGUCACCUUAACUGCACCAAUAGAUGACACCACUAAAGAACCAGAAGCAGCGAAUGGGGAAGAGGGAAAGAAAGAAGUCGAAUAUGUAAAGAAACAGGAUCGUGAUUGGUCAAAGCCAGAAAUUGCCCCCUAUUGUUCACAGAUGAAGAAAAAACGUAAAGCGGGUGGGUUUAAGGAAGAUCCUUAUAUAUUCUUGGAGGAGACAGACCCCAUCUGGCCCCCUAUACAGAAGUUCUUCAACAUGGACAAAGAGUUUGACCACAAAUAUCUUCUUGUUCGCUGUGGAGAGGGGAAGAAGCGUAAUAUCUACUACACUUCACCACACAUCAAAACUAUACUGGCUCAUAAUGAAGAGAGGGUUAAGUUUAUUAACCUUGGUGUUAAAGUACUGGUGAGGAGUGACCAUGAUGACUGUGAUUGUAGCUUUAGACUUUGUCAGGAAGGCUUACAUAUGAUGUUCCCAUUCUUGAAUGCAAGGUCACUAAAGGUCCACAGUAGAGAUAUUGUUACAAUGCUUAGUACAGAAAACCCCUUCUUGGACAACUUUUCAAAUGAUGUACAUAGUCAAGCAAAAGCAUAUAGUGUAGGAAGUAUAUGGUUCAUAUAUGAUCCAAGUGAUGAAGCCUUCAUGGAUCAAGAUGACAGAGAAAAUGGACCAAAUUGUAAGCUGGUAUUCUGUGGCUGGAAAGGGAAAGUGUCAAUGAGGUCAUUUGUGCCUAAACAGGAGAGAUUUCACUUUCUCAGACUGUGUGGGGUACAACCUCAAGAUGCAUUAUUCAAACGAGGACAUAUGAAAUCUCCACCAGCUAAUACCCAGGAGGCUAUUCAACGCAUUCCUGGUACUGACAGUAUGGACGUAACAUCCAGUGCAGACAAUCAGACGGCUGAAAGUGAUGUUCCGGCUGAAGAUGAUGAUGUCCAGACUACCGCAAGUGAUAUUCCAGCUAAGUACAGUGCUACUGAUGACACUGAAAGUGCUAUGGAUAGUGCUACUGAGAACACAGACACUGUUAAUGAUGUUACUCAAUCCAAUAAUAGUACAGAAGCUACUGAAGCUACAUGAUACACUUAGAGAUAGUAGACAUGCACAAUGGCCAUUGAUCUCCCCUGAGACAUUUAAACAAGCUUAAAAUAUAUUUAACUCACAUUGUCAUGUUUAAUAUAAUGGUCAGAAAUGGAAUAUCAUAAAUUUUCAAUCAGUUGAGAAAUUGUAGACAUGCAGGCCUGUGUAGUAGCCAGGGUUUGAACGUCCCCCCACCUUGGCCAAAAAUUCUUUCAAAA